AUGACCCAGCACCGCGCAAACCAGGCCAGCGCCGCGCAUAUCAGGACAGCGCCGCGCAUAUCUGGACAGCGCCGCGCAUAUCUGGACAGCGCCGCGCAUAUCUGGACAGCGCCGCGCAUAUCUGGACAUUCCCGCCUGGCACUCACACAUUCCCUCGUGGCCAGCACUCUCCCAUUCCCACGGGCCCAGCACCCUAACAUUACCUCCUAUCCCGCACUCUCACAUCCCCUCCUCGCCCGCACUCUCUCAUUCCCUCCUAUCCCGCACUCUCUCAUCCCCUCCUCUCCCGCGCUCUCUCAUUCCCUCCUAUCCCGCACAGUCUCAUUCCCUCCUAUCCCGCACUCUCUCAUUCCCUCCUAUCCCGCACUCUCUCAUUCCCUCCUAUCCCGCCCUCCCUCAUUCCCUCCUAUUCCGCCCUCCCUCAUUCAGGCCUGUCCCGCACUCUCGCAUACCCCUUCCUGGCCCACUCACAUACCCCCUCACCCGCACUCACACAUUCCCCCCUGUUCCGCACUCUCACAGUCCAGCCUGGACCGCACCGCACUCUCGCAUUCCCCCCUCUUCCGCACUCUCACAUACCCCCCUGUUCCGCACUCCCACCCUCCCCCCUGUUCCGCACUCUCACAUUCCCCCUGUUCCGCACUCUCCCAUUCCCCCCUGUUCCGCACUCUCACAUUCCCACCUGUUCCGCACUCUCAAAUUCCCCCUGUUCCGCACUCACACAUUCCCCCUUUUCCGCACACUCACAUUCCCCCUGUUCCGCACACUCACAUUCCCCCUGUUCCGCACACUUACAUACCCCCCUGUUCCGCACUCCCACCCUCCCCCCCUGUUCCGCACUCUCACAUUCCCCCUGUUCCGCACUCUCCCAUUCCCCCCUGUUCCGCACUCUCACAUUCCCCCUGUUCCGCACUCUCACAUUCCCCCCUGUUCCGCACUCUCAAAUUCCCCCUGUUCCGCACUCACACAUUCCCCCUUUUCCGCACACUCACAUUCCCCCUGUUCCGCACACUCACAUUCCCCCUGUUCCGCACACUUACAUUCCCCCCUGUUCCGCACUCCCACCCUCCCCCCUGUUCCGCACUCUCACAUUCCCCCUGUUCCGCACUCUCCCAUUCCCCCCUGUUCCGCACUCUCACAUUCCCCCUUUUCCGCACUCUCCCACUCCCCCCUGUUCCGCACUCUCCCAUUCCCCCCUGUUCCGCACUCUCACAUUCCCCCUGUUCCACACUCACACAUUCCCCCUUUUCCGCACACUCACAUCCCCCCUGUUCCGCACACUCACAUUCCCCCUGUUCCGCACACUUACAUACCCCCCUGUUCCGCACUCCCACCCUCCCCCCUGUUCCGCACUCUCACAUUCCCCCUGUUCCGCACUCUCCCAUUCCCCCCUGUUCCGCACUCUCACAUUCCCCCUUUUCCGCACUCUCCCAUUCCCCCCUGUUCCGCACUCUCACAUUCCCCCUUUUCCGCACUCUCACAUUCCCCCCUUUUCCGCACUCUCACAGUGAGGGAAGGGGAGUGAAGCAAUGGGGGAAGGGGAGUGAAUCAGUGGAAGUUGCCGAUUUCGAAGUGUGGGGGAAGGGGAGUGGAAGCGUGGAGGAAGGGGUAGUGGUUCCGAAUGGGGAAGGGGGGUGGAAGCGUGGGGGAAGGGAAGUGGAAGCGACCGAAUGGGGAAGGGGAGCGGAAGCGUGGGGGAAGGGAAGUGGAAUCGUGGGGGAAGGGAAGUGGAAGCGUGGGGGAAGGGAAGUGGAAUCGUGGGGGAAGGGAAGUGGAAGCGUGGUGGAAGGGGACUGGAAGAUUGCGGGAAGGGGAGUGGCAGCGUGGGGGAAGGGGAGUGGCAGCGUGGGGGAAGGGGAGUGUAACGGUGGGGGGUGGGGAGUGGAACAGUGGGGGAUGGGGAGUGGAACAGUGAGGGAUGGGGAGUGGAACCCGUGGGAAGCAUGGGAAGUUUUGGCGUGGGGGAAGGGGAGGGGAAGCGUGGGGGAAGGGGAGGGGAAGCGUGGGGGAAGGGGUGUGGAUGUUUGGGUGCAGGGGAGCAUGGGUGCAUGGCGCGGGGGAAGGGGAGUGGUAGCGGAGAGGAGGGGGAGUGGGAGCGUGGGCAGGGCACAGGGGAGCGUUAGAGCGGGGGAGCAGCGGGGCAUGGGAGCAAGCGUGGUGCACAACGGGGGAGCAGCGGGGCGUGGGAACAAGCGUGGUGCACAACGGGGGAGCAGCGGGGCGUGGGAGCAAGCGUGGUGCACAACGGGGGAGCAGCGGGGCGUGGGAGCAAGCGUGGUGCACAACGGGGGAGCAGCGGGGCGUGGGAGCAAGCGUGGUGCACAACGGGAGAGCAGCGGGGCGUGGGAGCAAGCGUGGUGCACAACGGGGGAGCAGCGGGGCGUGGGAGCAAGCGUGGUGCACAACGGGGGAGCAGCGGGGCGUGGGAGCAAGCGUGGUGCACAACGGGGGAGCAGCGGGGCGUGGGAGCAAGCGUGGUGCACAACGGGGGAGCAGCGGGGCGUGGGAGCAAGCGUGGUGCACAACGGGGGAGCAGCGGGGCGUGGGAGCAAGCGUGGUGCACAACGGGGGAGCAGCGGGGCGUGGGAGCAAGCGUGGUGCACAACGGGGGAGCAGCGGGGCGUGGGAGCAAGCGUGGUGCACAACGGGGGAGCAGCGGGGCGUGGGAGCAAGCGUGGUGCACAACGGGGGAGCAGCGGGGCGUGGGAGCAAGCGUGGUGCACAACGGGGGAGCAGCGGGGCGUGGGAGCAAGCGUGGUGCACAACGGGGGAGCAGCGGGGCGUGGGAGCAAGCGUGGUGCACAACGGGGGAGCAGCGGGGCGUGGGAGCAAGCGUGGUGCACAACGGGGGAGCAGCGGGGCGUGGGAGCAAGCGUGGUGCACAACGGGGGAGCAGCGGGGCGUGGGAGCAAGCGUGGUGCACAACGGGGGAGCAGCGGGGCGUGGGAGCAAGCGUGGUGCACAACGGGGGAGCAGCGGGGCGUGGGAGCAAGCGUGGUGCACAACGGGGGAGCAGCGGGGCGUGGGAGCAAGCGUGGUGCACAACGGGGGAGCAGCGGGGCGUGGGAGCAAGCGUGGUGCACAACGGGGGAGCAGCGGGGCGUGGGAGCAAGCGUGGUGCACAACGGGGGAGCAGCGGGGCGUGGGAGCAAGCGUGGUGCACAACGGGGGAGCAGCGGGGCGUGGGAGGUGAGGGGCUAA